UGCAUGCAUGGGCCAAUAUAAAGUAACCCUUUGCAUCGCGUUAGCCUUGUUUGUAGUGCUAGUCUGAGCAGAGGAAGUAUUCCAAGCGGCUGUGUCUCUUUGGCGGCGGCUCUCUCUUCUUCCCCCUGUCCCUUCCCUUUCCUCUCCUGCUUCCCCACCCCAUUCAUCGCACAGCAGCCACAGCCACUGGGAGCGCGGCCCCUUUAAGAGCCCAGCUUUGCCUCCCGGUAGCUGAAGGUCAUUAAACACAAAAGCUCUCCAGCGCUGCGGUCCAAUAUAGCGCAUGCGCCCUGCCCGAGGACUGGCAGGGAGACGGCAAUAUGGCGAGAAUGCCUGGCAGCGGCGGCGCCGGCGGAGACUGGAGCACCGGGGGCGGCAGCAACGCAGGAGGCGGCGGCGCAGGUGGUGGCGAGAACAAUGCGGGCGACCGGCAACCCGGCCGGGGCGGCCCCCACCGACCCCUCCACUAUUGCAGCGCCGGGGAGGAAGAGGACGGGGAGGACGAGGAUGAGAUCCAGGAGGUGCAGAUAACGGGGGACGAAGAGGGGGCCGAUGGUGGAAUCCUGCUGCUGGACGACGACGAGGAGGAGGAAGAGGAGGAGGAGGAAGAGAUGAUGAUGGGGCUGGAGUGGGACGCCGAGGAGGAGCCGGGCCAUAUGAUCCGUAUGGACCAGGGCGCCGGAGCGCUUCUGGACUCUGCUGCGGCCGCUGUCUGUGGCGUGAGGGGCCGCCUCGGAGGAGUCCGGGGCAGCGGAGGGACAGGCGGCAGCAGCGGCGUCGGGGCUUCCGCGGGUGGUGCCCCCUCGGUGCCCGUUAGCGCCCGCGGCGCUGCCGCCUCGGUCGGCACCACCGCAGCUGCACUGGCCGCCGAGGACUCGGACCCGGAGGCGGAGCUGCUGCUGCAGCGUCCCGAGCGGGCCCGCCUGAGCGAGAACACGCGCUUGGCCACCCGCUACGCGGUGCGCAUCUUCCGCGAGUACCUGAGCGAGAAGGCGCAGAGCCCGGACUUCGAGACCAUGGACAAGGGGGCGCUGUGCCGGGUGCUGCGCUCUUUCUACGCCGAGGCGCGCUCCAAGAGCGGGCAGCUCUACUCCAAGUCGUCGCUCAUCAGCAUCCGCAGCUCGCUCAACCGCUACCUCAACGAGCCCCCUUACUGCCGCACCCUCGACCUCACCAAGGACCCGGAGCUGCGCGCCGCCAACCUGACGCUGGCCGCCGUCAUCCGCAAGCUGGAGGAGCAAGGCGCCGGCCCGGUGGUGCAGAAGCAGGCCAUCACGCGCGCCGACCUGCGCAAGCUCUACACCUGCAGCGUGUUCAGCACGCAGAGCCCCUUCGGGCUGCUCAACAAGGUCUGGUUCGAGACGUGCAUGUACUUCUGCACGCGGGGCCGCGAGAACCAGCGCGAGCUCGAGGAGGACUCCUUCGGGCUGGCCAUGGACGAGGACGGCCGAAAGUUCGUCUACUUCAAGGCCCUGGGGCCCUACCACAAGUCGCGCUCGUCGUCGUGGAGCAAAAAGCGCGCCGAGAGCAGCGACGAGGAGAACCUGCCGCGCAUGUACGAGACGGGCACCGAGUUCUGCCCCUACGCCAGCUUCGUCAAGUACCUCGCCAAGCGCAACCCGCUCUGCAAGGCCUUCUUCCAGCGCCCGCGGGACCACUGCAGCGAGGGGGAUGUCACCUGGUACGAGAACAAGGCCAUCGGCAAGAACCUGCUGGGCACCCGCAUGCAGAUGCUCUCCAAGGCCGCCAAGCUCUCCAAGACCUACACCAACCACUGCAUAGGCGCCGUCUCCAUCGCCACCCUCAACAGCAUUGCCGGCAUCGGCACCAAGCUGCCUCCGGGCGGCGGCGGGGGCUGCUACGCCCUCAACGGCAGGGCCCGUCCCUCGCCCGUCCCUGCGAACACCUACAUCCUUCCCAAAGACGGCGACAGCCCCCCGCACGUGAAGGCCGAAGUGGCUGCCGUCGUCGUGCCGGCCAAGCGCUCCCUCUAUGAGGCGAUGUACGCGGCUGGGGGUGGGGCCGCAGCUGGGGGAGACGCCUGCGGCCCCUCCUCGUCCCCCAAAAGACUCUGCCUGAGGCCUGCCGAGCCCCUCGACGCCGCAGCCGCUGUGGUGGUUGUCUCAGUGAAACACGACCCCUUGCCUCUCCUCAUCCCUGAAGCCAAUGGGCACCGAAGCACCCAUUCUCCCACAGUCAUUUCACCUGCUAUUGUUUCCCCUACACAGGACAGUCGGCCCAAUAUGUCAAGACCUCUGAUUACUAGGUCCCCUGCAUCUCCUUUGAACAAUCAAGGCAUCCCCACGCCAGCACAGCUCACAAAAUCCAAUGCACCGGUACAUAUUGACGUGGGUGGGCACAUGUACACCAGCAGCUUGGCCACACUCACUAAAUAUCCUGAUUCAAGAAUUGGUAGGCUUUUUGAUGGCACGGAGCCAAUUGUUUUGGACAGCUUGAAGCAGCACUACUUCAUUGACAGAGAUGGCCAAAUGUUCAGAUAUAUCUUGAAUUUCCUAAGAACGUCAAAACUCCUAAUACCUGAUGACUUCAAGGAUUACAGCUUGUUAUAUGAAGAGGCAAAGUAUUUUCAGCUUCAGCCCAUGCUCGGGGAAAUGGAAAGGUGGAAACAGGAUCGAGAAAUGGGCCGAUUUUCAAAGUCCUGCGAGUGCUUAGUUAUGCGAGUUGCUCCCGAUCUUGGAGAGAGGAUUACCUUGAGUGGUGACAAGUCCUUGAUAGAAGAGGUUUUCCCAGAAAUUGGUGAUGUGAUGUGCAAUUCUGUCAAUGCAGGUUGGAAUCACGACUCAACACAUGUCAUCAGAUUUCCUUUAAAUGGAUAUUGUCAUCUCAAUUCAGUUCAGGUACUUGAAAGAUUGCAACAAAGAGGAUUUGAAAUUGUUGGCUCAUGUGGAGGAGGGGUGGACUCUUCUCAAUUCAGUGAAUAUGUACUUAGGCGAGAACUCAGAAGGACAUCUCGUUCAUCCUCUGUCAUUCGAAUAAAGCAAGAACCUCUGGACUAAGGACACUUUUUUUCUUAUGCAGCAACAAAAAUGGGGGACAGUUCAUGUGCAGUUGGGACAGCAAAAGAGCCCUGGAAUGAAAAAAUGAAUAAAGACACAUUUAUAUCAAAUAUAGAGACCAUACCUGUAUUCAUAUGGGAGCAUUUGGAAUAAUAAUAAUAAUUAAUUAAUAAUGAUAAUAAUAAUAAUAAUAACCUCAAAGUGUAAAAUAUGUAUAUGUCAAAAGUUAGAAAUGCAAAAAAGAAAAGAAAGAAACCUGAAAGUGGUAGGUGAGAUUGGUGCUGUGAUGGCCAUUAAGUGUCCUAGGCCUGAUUAACAAUAAACAAGCCAUUGCCAUUGGGGGAGGCUCACAGCUCCUUUCCAUUUUCCAUUGCCAAAUGGCAAUCUGCUCUUCAGCGUGUAAACCUUGAAUCAAGUGUGCAGAUGUCUGUUUUAGAGGUGACUGGGCACAACUCCAGAAAGCAUCCAUCCAUUACAUAAGGAAAGGUCAUGGACAGGAAUUUUUAAAUGUAGCUUGUACAGAAGUCAUACACUUCUGUCCACCUGACAGAUGUGAACAUUUAUUCUUUCUUCUUUUUUCUUCAAAAGGAGCCAGAAUAUAUUACUACUUGGUAAAGUUGCUCUGGUUUGAGUCCAGUGCUUUCAUUUUCCCCCCCUUCCAUACUUUAUAAUAUAUGAAGUACAAUACGUUCCAUUAAAAUGUCCUGUUUAAGCCAACACUAGCCAAAAAAAAUGUAAAAUAAAAAAUCAAGAUUAACAUUAGCUGUUAACUAAUGUAAUUUGAUGCAUUCAGUGAACAGUAGGCGAUGUCUGAAUUCUGUGUACAACAAAAAUAUGAAGGCAUGAAGAAGCAAGCUAAAAGUGAUUUAUUUUAUGUUUAUCCCACAGUAGCAAACAGUCCCAGUGCAUCUUAUGGUACUGCUUUUUCUCCAUCACUGAUUUUCCUGGCUUUGUUUGAAAAAUGGCCAUUUGGUAGUAGAGUCUCUUCAGCCACUGAAUUUUAGAGUUUGAAGGGCCUUGGAAGUCUUCUAGACCAGUGGCUCCCAACCUGGGGGCCUCCAGAUGCUGAUGAGCUACAGUUCCCAUCAUCCGCAGCACAAUAAAUUGUAGCUGGAACUGAUGGUAGUUACAGGAGAACCUCAUUAUUCGCUGAACCACUAUUUGCAGUUCCAUAUAUCCACAGGAUGUCUUAUUGACACCUGUUUCCAGUAUCUGUGGAUACUUGUGGGUUAAAACCCACAUAUCCAUGGGUCCUAGAGGGCUGGAAGUGACUACAGAGGUCACUUUGGGCCGCCAUGUUGUCUUGAGGCCAGGAAGAGACAGGAUGAGCCAAUAUGUGGCUCAUUUCUUGGGGGAAAUGGACUUUUUUCAUAGUUGCGGGGGGGGGCAUUCCUGGGCACAUGGGGGACCCAUGGAGCAUGCCACAGUACGUUCUGGCCCCUUUGGGGGGGACCCUUUUGAGGCUUUUAAAAAGUUCCUUUCCCCCACCCUGGAACCUAAAGCUCCUUUCCCCAUAGACCUAAUGCCUCAUUACUCACAGUCCCAUUUCUCGCAGUAAUAGGCGAGGAACAGAACCUCCCAUGAGUAAGAAAGUUAUCUUGUAUAGUUCAGCAACAUCUGAAGGCCCAAAGGUUGGGAACCACUGUUUUAGACCAUCCCUCUUGGUGCAGGAACAAAAAUGGUCCUGGACUUUUUUCUUUUUCUUUUCUUUCUUUUCUUUUUUUUCCUUUUUUGUGUGUGAAGUGAUUAAAUGCAGAUUGGCACAACUACUUGUAAUUUCUUCUAAUGCUUACAUCCCUGCUGAGGAUAAUUUCAUCACUACCCUUGAAUCUCAUUAAACAUUUUCUCUAUAUCAAGUGGUAAUAUUACUGCACAGAUUUUCCAAAGCUAAUUGUCGUUAAAAAAUGUCCUCUAGCCACUAGGUAUUGCUACUGAAUUUGACUCCGAUAGUUUCUGUACCUAGUGAGUCAUCUUAAAUUAAUUCAGCUGUGCUGAUAUAAGGUUUCCCACAUUUUUCUUCUGCUCUCUGCUGCUUUACAAAGGACCCAGUUGUGUAGUCUCCACUGCCCAAGGUGGACAAAUGUCCCUGGACAGCCGAGGUCAGGGGACAGCCACCAGGAUGCACCUUUGUUCCCUCCCUCAUCCAGCUGGUGAACCAGCUGGGACCACUUACCAGCUGGGAGCAUGAGGUGUGCCCCCCCCACUUUCAGGUGCUGACCACACCCCCUGCAUUGGCCUUGGCAUGCUGAUGCAGUGGGCGUGGUCAGCACCUGGAAGAGUGGAGCCAAUCUCCCACUUCUUCCCAGUUUAUGCUUCUUUACCGGCUGGGUGCUUUCCCGAACUCAGAGAAGCACUGGCUGGGAAGAAGCAGGAGAGGGGCCACAGCCAAUACCCCUUCUAAGUGCUGGCCAUGCUGGGACAUGGGGCCUCUGACUAGAGCAUGUUCCCGGGCCUUCAUAGCAAUAGCACUUACAUCAAGCUCCCUAAGCCCCUGAUAGAACCCAUGAGUUUGAUUGAUGCUGGAAAGAUGUGGAUAACUGCUGCCUUUUAUACUUUGGUUCUAUGUCCCAGUAUGCCUUGGUGCAACCCAUGAUCUUUUGCACUUACACAGACCUAAUCAGUCUGCAAAGAACUUCCUGAGUUCCUUCGCAAGACAGUAACAUACUGCAGAUAGGGCUUCUACCAUGCCCUUUAUCAGCAAUAUUUUUCUUUUCUUUUGCAUCCUUUUUAUAAUUUUAACCUCAAGCCUGCAUUCUGUAAAGCUCAAAAUAUAGCACACUGCUUUGUGAUUGUUUUGUCAGUCAUAACAAAGGUCUCAUGAUGUUGUCCAUAUCUGUUUCCCCCCCCUUAAGGACCAACAUGGUUGCUGGCAUUCCACACACAUACCCCCAAAAGUUAUUCUGGUUGUUCAUGGGCUUGGUUUACCGCAACAAGAGAUUAGAAAGUAAAAUGUUCGGCAGAAGGCCCAAUGUGUUCCAGAAUGAUUCACUGGCCACUACAUUAUUCUUCCUCCAAAAUAGCUUUUUAUAUGCAAUAUAUGACAUGUAUGACUAUACACUCAUUUUCUUUAUGCAACACCCAUUGAAACCAUGAUGUGAGCAUUCCAUUCCUUUCUCUUAUUUCAGAGAAAAGUUGGAAACAGAGCUCCAAAUUAAAAGAAUCUGUCUAAAUAGAGCUCUAAUCCAUUUAAGGGCAUUUUAAAUGGUUUUAUAAAAUACGGGUGGUUAGUUGUUAUCUCUCCAUAAGUAUGUGGUAGGGGACCAUGACAGGAAGUAGAAAUGGGAGAAUUCCAUAUAAUGUUCAGUACGUUGAUGGUAGGUUUCAGCUUGAUGCUGCUACAUAAAUAUAAGCACGUAAAAUAAACAGAAACCUGACUUAUUCAAUGUGGGGUCCAUCCAGAUGAAAUGCUGGACAAAAUGGCAAUGUUAUUAACAUAGAGUUGAACUGAGAAGGUGGGUUAAAUAAAUUUGUGGUUUCAGUUUUGUAAAUUUGGACAAUGGCAGUUCUAAUGUGUGGCUGUAUCUGGAUCAUUGUUAAAUGCUUGGGAUUUUUGACUACAGUAAUGGCAAUUAGUCCCGAUGAAAUAAAUGUGUGCUUAUCCAUCCCCCACCUUUUUUUUUUUUUUGGCACUGAGAUAAAAUGGAAGGAAUCUGCAUUCUGGAAAAUCAGCAUUUUAAAAAUGAUUCAUAAGCAGCUGAGAUAUUUUGCAAAGAAAUUAAGAAAAGGGCUGUUUUAAAACUCUGUGUACCCAACAUUGAGUAUUACACACAUUUGCCCUACUGGCUUUUUAAAAAAUGGGACAGUCUCUGUGUUUGAAGAAUAGAACUAUGUAAAAGCUGACUUAUACCCUAAAUGUAGCAUUUUGGUGGGACUCAGCAGGCUAUACCUAGUUCUGAACUCUGUAUUAGUAAAAGCAAUCUGACAUCACA